AUGCAUACGCGUCCUGUCUCAGACAUAGAGUCCAUUAGGUUGUUACCCGAAACCUCGGGUAACCCUGUCAAUCUUAAUUCCCUAUCGUUCGACCGUCUUCCAAAUCCCCGCCAAGUCUGGCCAUUUCCAUCCCGAUCGACUGAAGAGGGCUUGGGCCGCCUUGUCCUUCUCACCCCCGAUGUUGUGGCAUCUGCUGCUUCAUCAUGUAUCAAAACUGGCCGUCGUACAUCUCUUAACUGGGACCUCACGAAGCUAGAUGUCGCCAACUUCAACCGGGCCCCAGCACAGCACCACAUCAUUCCCCUCCUUAACGGUACGGCUUUUGAUGAUCUCUACGUGUUCAAUCCGCAGCAGUCUUCACAGUGGGAUGGGCUGCGCCACUUCUCGGCGCCCUUUCCUACAAAGGAAAAUCCCAAGCAGCGACUUUUCUAUGGUGGUGUCACUUCGGCCGAGAUUGAAGAUCGAAAGAAUACGCGCAUUGGAAUCCAACAUUGGGCAAAACAGGGUAUAUGUGGUCGAGGCGUGCUUCUUGACUAUGUUUCUUACGCAGAGCGGCAUGGAAUAGAGUACAGCACCUUUUCCAGCCAUGGAGUGUCGCUAGAGGUUCUUCUCAAAAUUGCGAAAGAAGAAGAUAUUACUUUCCGUCAGGGUGAUAUUCUCUUUAUUCGCAUAGGAGUCACGAAAGAGUGGGAUACCAAAAUGACUCCAGCAGAUAAACUUGCGUAUGCACAAAGUUCGAACCCUCUCCAUGCGGGCGUUGAGGGCACAGAAGAAGUUCUAAAAUGGAUUUGGAACACCAAAUUCUCUGCUGUUGCAAGUGACGCCAUAUCCUUUGAGGUUUAUCCUCCGAAAGAGUCAUACUCGCGCUAUGGAGACCAGGCAGAUGCGCCCGGCGUAUUUCUGCAUGAGUAUUUAAUUGCUGGAUGGGGCAUGCCUGUCGGUGAACUAUUCGACUUGGAGGAACUUAGUCGAAUUUGUCAAGAGGAACACAGAUGGGAAUUUUUCGUCGUUGCAUCACCGCUCAACAUGCCUGGUGGGGUUAGCAGCCCUCCAAAUUGUAUCGCCAUUUUUUGA